CAACUCUCGCUGGGCUAGGCCUCACCUGAGCCUCGCCCUUCCCGCAAUGGCUGCCACCCUGCCGGGGCCUGCCCGGAUCCCCCGGUGGAUCUCUGCCCACCGCUCCCUGGAGAAGGCCCUGCAAGGGCUGCAGAAGCUGCAGCAGCUGGUGAGCCAGCCCCGGCUGGGCCUGCGGAACAGCCCGCCCUACUUGCCCCAGAUCCUGCCCCAGACGCACCAGCACCUGCGGCUCGUGCGGGACCAGAGCUGGGCUUGUGGGGCUCAGCUCUGGGAGGAUGGGGGAUACUUCCGCGUCUACCUCAGCAACCUGCUGGAGAAGAUCAAGCAGGCCAGCCGGCUCUUCAAGAGGGACAAAGAGGAGAUCUUCCAAGAAGGUUCGGCUUCCAGGUAA